UCGACCCAUAUUCUGAAUCCUUUUUUGUUGAUAAAAGUGCCUUUAAAAGUGUCUUAUAAGCCUGAUUAAUUGUAAGCCAUUUUUGGAGAGAUACUUUUGUCGAGAAAAAAAGAAUUCAAAAUAUAGCUUAUGAUCGUGAUCAGUAUCCAGAGGUGCAUUCAUUAGGUGCAAACAAGUGCGAAAUACUAGGUGCAUAUUAGGGAGCGCGAGUAACGCGACAAAUUUUUUAUUCCACGCAUUACUUCCGCCAAUCCGUCAGUUGGAUUCGAUGCUUCGUAAUUCUUUGUAAUAGGUUAUAAUUUUGCCGCUGAGAUUGAUUCGAAACGCACUUGUCAUUAUAAAUAAUCGUAAAUUAGCAUAUACAAUACUAAAUAUAUAGUUAGAAUAACCUCCUGCAAAUUAUAAUUAUGCUGUUCUAUUCCUUUUUCAAGUCUUUAAUCGGAAAGGACGUGGUAGUUGAAUUGAAGAAUGAUCUCAGUAUCUGUGGUACAUUAUAUUCUGUAGAUCAGUAUCUAAACAUUAAAUUGGCUGAUAUUAGUGUAACAGAUUCAGAAAAAUAUCCACACAUGUUAUCGGUAAAAAAUUGCUUUAUUCGUGGAUCUGUGGUAAGAUAUGUACAACUUCCAGUGGAUGAAGUAGACAUUCAUCUAUUAACUGAAGCAGCACGUAGAGAAGCAAUGAAUGCUCAAGCAAGAUAACUUGUAGUUUUAUUAAAUAAUACUUAAGUAAUACUAACUAAGUAAUACUUAAAUAUAAAGAAUCCAUUUCUUCUUCUGUUCAUUAUAUACAUUUCACAUUUGAUAUAGAAAUAAUAAUAUAUGGAAUUGUUUUGCAUUAUUCACAUAAUUAUUUUUUGAAAAUGUGAAUUACAAUGUAUUCAGUAUAUAGUUUUAUUUGAUCAUUUUAAAAUAAAUAUUUGUAAGAAAAUAGUUAUUUUAUACUUGUUUCAUGAACUCUAUUCUUGUUCUUUAUUGACUAUAAAUAUAUUAUAAAUGUAGUAUUAUAAAUGUAA